GAGAGCAGGGGCUGCCCCAUGCCGGACCUAGCUGGUUCCAGGUGGUUCCAGAUGUUUUCAUGAUUGCUGGGGGUGCCAGGGUGUCCCUUUGUGACAGAGGCAGAUUCCAGGGCACUUUGUAACAUGGGGGCUGUGCCAUGCCCAGAGGUCAUUGUGACCCCAGGGAGGUUUCAGGGGCUCAGAGCCCUGGGGCACCCACUCCCAGGAGAGCCCCUCUUUCAGGAGGCAGCUGCUCCCGGGGGUGUCUCUGGCAGAGCACAACGGAGAUGCCCAAGGAGGAGGAGACAAACCCCAAAUCCCAGCCCACUGAGGGGCUGCCAAGACUGCAGAGGAGGCAAAGCGUGGACCUCAGGCAGCCGCAGGAAGAGCAGCACUGCCCAGCUGAUCCUCCCGAGGCACAGGAGGCGGCAAAGGCAGGACCUGCUCCUGCCUCGGGCAAGCAGGUGCCAGCAGCAGGGGCACAGAGCCGGGGCCCUGCCCCACACAGCCCCUGCUGCCCCCCCGGCCCCUCGCCCGCCCCGCUGACAGCCCAUGUCCUCGGCGGGCAGCGGGCAGGGGCAGCGCUGGCAGCGCCGGAGACCAAGGAGAGGGCCUUGGCCAAGGAGGAGGGAGAGGGGAAGCUCUGCAGUUCCCGGCAGCUGCAGCACGGGGAAGACCACACUGCACAAGAGCUUUCUGAGGGGGAGCUCAGUGGACACCCAGAGCUGUCCCAAGGCGAGGACAGCAGCGACCAAAGGUCGUCACACGAGAGUUGGGAACGCAUCACCAUCCACACGAUCUGGGUCAACCCCCAGUACGCGGAGCUCUUGCAGAAAACCCACACGGUUUCCCAGGAGCGGGCAGAGGCAGCAGCUCCUUCUGACCCGGGCGGGCAGGUGCCAGCAGCAGGGUCACAGAGCCAGGUCUCUGCCCGGCACAGCUCCUACUGCCCCUCCAGUUCCUCGUCCGCCCUGCUGUCGGCCCAGACCCCCAGCCAGCAGCAGGGUUCCCACACGCUGCAGCCCUCCCACUCCAGGCGGGCUCUGCAGACUCUCUGCAGGCUGUUCUGGUGCUCCUGUAUGGCAGCACAGCCAGAGGAUUAGUGCCCGCUGCCAGUCUCGAAUUCAAGUCAGUUCAUUUGUUGUUUAUAAAUAUUUUUAUUUUUGCAAAGA